CAGAAAGCCACAGAGACCACCACUUUCCACCUCUGCGUUUCUACAGCUUUCCUUCUUUCUCCAUUCUUUGAACCAAGCCGAAGCACUUCUCGUAUUCAUUUUCUCCUUGUCGUUUGGUAUCUGUCUCCAUUGUUGGGUUCCCUUUGAAGAGGGUUAGCUAAGGAAUAAUCAGAGUGAACAAAACACUACCCGCCACUUCGCCGAAUCUCUUUUGACUUCCUUCCAAGCUGCAGCCACCAGGUUCGUGUUAAAAGAGAGGAUAAGCUCUCCUGGAUUAUCUCUCGCCCGCCCUUGUCCUUUCUUUUCACAUUUUUUGGGGAAAAUUGCAGAGGAAAAAAACGAGUUCAGUUCUCUUGGGGGUCUUUGAUUCCCUGCCAUGGAUAAAUGGCAUCCUUCAAUUUCCCUCCUUUUAGGUUCUCCCCAUAAAACUGCACGGAUUUCCUGGGGUAGGAAUUCGAGCUGUUGAACGGAGGUUUAGAGUCCAGUGCGAGAAAGAACAAGUAUGGCGACUUGAUGAAAAAGCUCCCUUCUUUCUCCCUUUCAUGUGCCAUUUUUGUUUGUGGAAAUGGAAGGGCAGCUCCAUUUGAAUCCCCUGAUUUGAAUUUCUUUGUUUCUUGUGUGUGUGAUUGGUUUCUUAAUUUGGGUUUGAAUCAUGUUAUGAUGGUGUUGGGAAGCUUCUGCUACUAGAAGCACAUGGAAAUUGUAGCCAUGAGUCUUGCAGCUGUUGUUCUGUGUCUUAGUUUAUAAUAUUUUCCCCAGCAAGAAUAGUCAAUUCUUGUCUGCUGGAGGGCAUCUGACCAGGAAUAGGAUUUGCUUUGCUUUCAUUUGAUUUGAUUUGGAUUCUAUUGAUUGCACCUGGUCCAUGUCUCUUCUAGAAGACAGUUGACAAUUUUGGUUUCCUGUUAGGUCAUUCAUUAGCUCAUAGGCUUUCCCUUAUGCUUAUACCUACCUGGUCCUUUUCUCUCUAAUGUCAAAAACAGGUUGAAACUUGAUACACUAGGUCUUGAGAAAGAUUCAAGAGUUUCUCAGUCAUUACACAAUGUUCCGUCGGAAGGCUAUUAUUACUCACCAGGAACCUGAGAAUGAUUCUCAGCAACAAGAGGCCAAGAUUAACGAACUCAAGGCUGCCAUAGGUCCUUUAUGUGGCCAGAGCUUGAAGUAUUGCAGCGACGCGUGCCUCAGAAGGUACCUGGUAGCACGAAAUUGGAAUGUGGAGAAAGCCAAGAAGAUGCUGCAAGAAACCCUCGAGUGGAGGUCGAGCUAUAACCCCGAAGAAAUCCGUUGGCCUGAGGUUGCACAUGAAGGCGAGACUGGGAAAAUAUACAGAGCCAGUUUCUGUGACAGACAAGGAAGGCCUGUUCUUAUUCUCAGGCCUGGAAUGCAGAACACGAAAUCAUUCGACAACCAAAUCCGCCAUCUGGUGUACAUGCUCGAGAAUGCUGUGAUCAACCUACCAGAGGGUCAAGAACAGAUGACUAUCCUCAUCGAUUUCACAGGUUGGUCGAUCACCAACAAUGUGCCCAUCAAGACAGCACAUGAGACCGCCUCGAUUCUGCAGAACCACUACCCGGAGAGGCUAGCUGUCGCGCUUCUCUACAACCCUCCUAGGAUCUUUGAAGCGUUCUGGAAGGUCGUGAAGUACUUUUUGGAUCCCAUGACGUCUCAGAAGGUGAAGUUUGUGUACCCGAAGCGGAACAAAGAGAGCGUCGAGGUAAUGAGGUUGCACUUUGAUGAUCAGAACUUGCCCGCUGUCUUCGGAGGGCAAGGUGACCUGCAGUAUGACCAUGCCGAGUUUUCGAAGAUGAUGAUUCUGGAUGAUGUGAAGACUGCUUCUUUCUGGGGGCUUGAUGCUGCCAAGUUGAAUGUUAUUGAAUUAGGUCCUACUUAGUCUUGUGUGUGAGAUUUAUGGGGGAAAUUGCAUGCUAGCUAUUAGCUAAGCUAAGCAGCUCUUCUCUGUAUGAGUUUAUAGCUCAUCUCUGUAUGAGUUUAUAUAUUUUGUGGUUGUUAUCUCACCACUGGAAAGACUGAUUUCAAAUCAGCUUAAUUUCUUGCUAGUUUAGAAGAGAAGAAGGGUGUCCCCUCUCUUUGAGCUAUUAAAUUUAUCUUUUCUCACUUGCUGUUUGUGUGAUCUAAUUAUAAAGUAACGAUUUAAUCGGCUAAAUUCGACUCAAACCGAUCU